AUGAGACCUUUUGUACACCCAUUUUGGCGCGGAAGCGACGACUGGCUCUGGCCAGAGUUUAGUCAGCUGUUUGACCAGAACUUCGCUCAUGAGGUUUUGCCGUCGGACCUGCUAGACGUCGACCCAUGGGAACGAAUGAUUGAGCAUACGCCAUACCAUCGUCGACCGAAGCGCCGCCACAGCGAGGAGAGGGGGAAAGUAACCGGCUGGUCUGAGGUGAGGAACGACAAGGAGAAGUUUACGGUCAAGCUGGACGUCUCCCAGUUCAAGCCCGACGAAUUAAAGGUGAAAACCACCGUGAACAUGUUGAUCAUCGAGGCACAUCAGAAAGAGCACAAGGAUGAGCACGGCCUAAUCAGCCGUUCAUUUGUGCGUAAGUACAUGUUGCCGAAAACAGCCGAUCCGCAGGCAGUUACUUCGAGACUGAGCCAGCAAGGUGUAUUGACCAUCGAGGCGCCAAAUGUGGUUAUAGAAGAGGCGAACCGUGAACGAGAAGUGCCGAUAGAGAUAGUCAGCAACGCAGAUUCAGAGGAUCAGAAGAAGCAGCAGAUGGCAACCACAGCAGAAGACAAGUCUCCAUCAAAGCAUGCAAAGAAGAAGCACUAA